UCCGCGCUAGUUGGCUACGUCAAAGCUUGUUCUUUAGCAUGUCUUUAGCUUAGGUAGUGAUAAAAGGAAAAAGAUAAACAUAUAGCUUUUCCCUUUCUUCCCUUCAAGCUUGAAUUUGUGACCAUUUUUCUUUCGCGUUUUUCGCUAAUUUCGUUGUAAGAUGAUGAAGAAAGAUGAGAUCAAUGAUCAUUGUAUUUCACCAGUUGUUUGAUUCGAUUGCACCGUGAAUAAUAAUUGUUAAUGUUAUCGUAACCCUUUUGCUGCUUGAAUUGUUGUGUUCUUUUUUUCACGGUGGUACUUUGAAAGUGUGAACUUGUGUGUCUAUCUACUCGUACUACGAUUACGAUUUUAUUGUGUAUUUCUUCGUCUCAUGUUAUUUUCCCGUAUUCCAUCUGGUGAUCGUUACGGAAAGAUGGACGAUUCGUCGAUAAAGUUACAAUGUUUGGCUGCGAAAUCCGUAUGCGUUCAGCUAGUACAGGAAUGGGCUGAGAGACCAUCGAUGGUCGUAUCCGACGUUUGGGAACCACGUAAAGGCUACGGUACUUGCAAGCUUCACAAUUGGUACCUGCACCACAUGAGUGAAAUGGACUUAUCUCGUCAAUUAGAGACCGUUCAAAAUGAAAUUCGAUACCAAAUCGAAGACAACAUCGCGCUGAUUUGCGAACGAGUCGUGAGCUGGGUCCGGUGUCAUCAUACGAUACAAUUCUUUCACGAUGAACAGUCGACCGACUUGAGGCAAUACAUCAAGAAACUGGUAUGGAAUAGUGAUUUUGAAAUCGACUACAGAGCUACUGCUAAAAAUAUCCUCACCAACGAUAAGUUGAGCCCACUGGCGAAAUUUCGAUUCGCUAGUACGUAUUGUAUCUUCGAGUCAAUCGAGGAUAUUUAUAAUUCGAUUGACUCGAAGCCGGACUGGGCUUUGAUGUUGGAACCGUUCAUGGCGUUUUGGAGCGACUAUAUUUACGAGAAUGAAGACGGGUUGUGGGACGAUGACGACGAGGACUAUUCGCUUCCGGAACCAGAACCGUGGCAUUUUCGCGAAGAAAUGAUGAUGUUUAUUGUACAAACCGGAGAGGUUGAUUUGUGGCCAGUGAUCGAGUACGUCUUCGAUAGUAUCGACACAGGGAGCAAAUGGUGCCAUUAUGAACGUAUGGUCGAAGUGUACGGUAAAAGAUACCUAAAACAAUUGUUAGUCAAAUUGACGGAUGAAGAAUUGAGAUCGGAGCUCGGAUGUUACACUACUGCGAUCUCGACAAUUUUCGAGAAAAUCGUCCAAUGGGGUACUGUGAACGAGGCACGUUUAGUUUGGAAACUGUGCAGGAGUAAAAUGAAUUCGGAGAAUUUCUGCGGGAUUCUCGAAACGCUCGUAUUGUCAUCGAUGAAAAACCCGACGGAUUUCGAAAAAUGGACCCCGUUGUUGAUGGAAAUUUGGACCAACGCCAUCGGCAGUGGCAGAUUCAGACAAUCCGCCCUCGAUACGAAACUGUGGCAGAGAAUCGGCGAAAAAUUCAUCGAAUACGCGUUCGAAGAAACGAAGACGAAUUUUCGCGCCAGUCGCCAAAUCAGCGAGCCGAUGAAAUUCAUCAAAACGGUAGUGAGAAGCACCGACGUCAAGAACAGAAUGACAUUUUUCGAGAAGAAUUUCCAUUGGCUGAUCCUCUGGGCACCGUUCGCCGAGGUAGAUAAAUUGAUGCGUGAUUUUGUGAACCAUUAUAACCGCGAUGUCGUCAAUUUGAAAAAAGUUAUCGCUAAUUCGUCCGAAGUAGAGUGGUCGCUCGGUAUAUUGCUGGGAUAUUGCGAAUUUGACGAAUUCGAAGCCGUGUUAUCGUUUUAUUUGCCCGGUGUCGACAGCAGCGUUGUCAAGAACGAUGAGCACGAAAUGCAAAAUAGUUUGAUGUGCUGUAAACGAAAGUUAAUGGAGUCUUCGAGCGGUUUGGCUCGUCUUUGUUUGUGCGUUUAUUACGGAGACUGGAGACCAUUGUACGAGUACGUAAAGAAGACCUUUUCGCAAGCCCAUAUCACGCCGAAAGCGUUCAUGAUUAAGGUGAUGAGAAUGGGCGAACUGUUGACUCACAAAAUGGAUAAAUGCGAAAUGAACGAUUUAAAGGAAUGCCUGUGCACGGUUUUGUCCGAUACCGACCCUAAAUUUAAAGCUUUCAAGGAACGAUUCAAGGACAACAUGGCCGGGGUUUUAUUCGAUCACGAAGAUCCGGAAGAAAAAAUUUUCAAUCGAGCUCGCGUGCAGGAGUUUUUGCUAUGGGUUUAUAACGGUAGCGAAAAAUUAGUAGAGAAAAACUUCAAGCAACUGCACCUGCUUCGUCGAGGAUUUGUGGUUCAGUUGAAAUUUUGCAUCGUAGAAGAUUCGUUCCGAGUUACCAACUCCAUGAAGGAGUAUUUGGAGUGGUGUUUUGCAACCGAAGCGGAAAGGCAGCGGUUUAAACGCGAUAUGAUUUAUAAAUUCCGCGAUUACGACGUAUUCGAAGAAAUGCUGGCACGUAGAAAGUAUCGUCAAAGUAUGUUAUCGUGGUUCUUUGACGGCGAUGAUAGUUUAAUCGAGAAGUUCAUGACUGAGGUUUUCAAAGCGUAUUAUUGAUUAUCGUGAAUUCAGAAUCGAUUCGAUUUGUGAUUCCGUCGAUCAAGAAAGUUUUUUCGUCGAUUGAAAUAAAGUUCUGUUUUUCUUUAUACUUCAUAUAUUAUUUUUUAAAUUCAUUUAAGUACCUAGUACCUACGUAGAAUUUUUUUUUCGAGUUUUUUUUGUUUGUUUAUCGUUAUUAUUUUUGUUUUUAAAUCGAAUUAUUGGAAAUCGUUCUUAUUUGAUAAGUGGCAUUUUUUGUUUAUUUUCAAUUUUUAUUUUGCUUUAGGUACUCGUAAUUGAUAAUUUAAUUAUAAGUAGGUACUUUGAGUACGCUAUGAUUUAUUUUAUGCCUUUAUAAACCUACAGAUAUUGCAUUUUUAUUUGAAUUCAAGCGUUUGUUUUUAUUGUUUUCAUUUGGAAUUUACUUUCUUUUUUGAGAAAAUUUUCAGAAUGGAAUUUGUUAUCAUUUCUGUAUGUAUGGAAGUUUUACUGAUAUUUUUGACCCAGUUUUGGAUGCAUUUUUUCAUGUAGGUGCUGAAUACUCCGCAUUUUCAGUGUUAUGGUUGCGAAGCGUUGCACUUUGCUAAAAUUGCCGAAUAGUCUCGUUUUAUGCUAAAAAUUGUCCCCUUUUCCCAAAAUAUUUCAACAAUCUUUCAUCUUUUUCCAAUAACUACCGAAAAGUCGAGCUUUUUAACUAUCAAAUUUAUCAAUCUUGUUUUUCCCCAAAAACAAAAUUGUGGUAAAAUAUCAUUUCUUAGUCAUAGGUCGGCUACUUAAUUUCCAAAAUUUGUUGCUUUUUGCUAAAAUUGUCAAAUUCGUUUUCGAAAACCUUUCCUUUUCCGGCAAAAUUGUUAAAAAUUAUAGUUCUUUUUUUUCCCAAAAAAUUAUAGUUCAUUUUUUUUUCAAAAAUUAUCGAUAACCGUAGGCUUUUUGCCAGAAGUUGCCAAAAAGUAUCAUUUUUUUGCCAUAAAUUCCCAUACAAUCCUGCUUUUUGCAAAAUUGUUCAACUUUUGAUUUCUGCCAUAAAUUUUAAACAUUUUUUUUCGUUUUUUAACAUAAUUGCUAAAAAUUGUCAUUUUUUUGCAAAAAAUUCCAAAAGU